CUCACCCUCUUCCCUCACAAAACACAACGCAAAGUCAAUAUAAACUUAAUAAUUAUUCAUAUGAGGAGUAGUAGUUCAGCCAAGAAGUUGAAGGGAGUUCGGCGUCGGAAAUGGGGAAAGUGGGUGUCGGAGAUUCGUGUUCCGGGCACGCAAGGGCGUCUCUGGUUGGGAACCUACGCCACGCAGGAGGCUGCCGCGGUUGCUCACGACGUUGCCGUUUACUGUCUGAGGAGGCCUUCUUCGUUGGACAAACUUAACUUCCCCGAGACCUUGUCUUCGUUCAGCCUUCAGCUCAGGGACAUGUCUCCGAGGUCUGUGCAGAAGGUGGCUUCCGAUAUUGGCAUGGACGUUGAUGCCAGAAACAUUCUUGCUGGUAAAACUUCAACGGUGGUGGCGGAAACUAAUUACGAGAGUGAUGAGAGGAGUAGAACUGUGUGUGAUGUUGAUGGAGGUGGUGCUGAUGAGCAUUCUGAUGUGUUUCGGUGGGAUGCUGUGGGGAAUGAGGAUGGAGGGUCUUGGCAUGGAAGUGGUGGAGAUUGUAAAGAAAGGGAUCAGGCCUUGAGCAUUUCCAUUGAAGAUUAUCUUGAGCUGUCUUAGGUUUUUUUUUUUUUUAAGAAUCAAAAGACAAUAUUGAAAAUUUUAUAAUUGGUAGAUCCCUCGUUAGGUGUGGGAGGUUUCAAUUCACUAUAGGGAUCUUUUUUUAGUAUGUGAAUAGUUUAGGGGUUACGACUUACAAAUUACGAGUGAUUACUAUUAGUGUUCGUGUUUAAAGCUCAGACAUCAAUAUGUUUCUUGCUUUGUGCUGCCUUUUUAAAGCAAAGGAAAAUGAAAUUAAAAAAAGGUAAAAGAAGAAAAAUUGUCCCCCCAA